AACCGACAGAGAAGCAACCUCCUCCUUCGUCUUCUUCUUGCUCCUCCUCCGCCACCGCCAAUUGCCAUGGAGAGAAACGGGAAGAAUCACGGAAUGGUGCGCGUCACUUCCAUCGCCAAGCCAGCGUCCAAGGCCGCGGCCGCGCCGCCCAUCGCCAAGGCGACCGCGAAGCCCACCAACCACCCCAAGUUCACCGGGAAGAUCUGCCGGGGCGCCCGGGGCAAGGAAUCGCGGUCGAUUCCCGAGUCCAAGUCCAGAGACAAAGCCAAGGGCGCCCGGAAGCUCAAAUCUCUCGAUGUCCUCCUCAACCACCGCCUCGUCGCCUGGAGGCUUGUCGAUGCAGGCGCCGUCGCCGACGACGACGGCGAAGAAGGUCGCCGCCACCACUUAUCCGCCACAGAAAUGGUCGAGAAGCUGUACGCUAAUUGCAAUACCUUCCAUGAAUCAUUGACCAUGGAAGAAGAAGAAGAAGAAGAAGAAGAGCGUGACGUUGAAGAAGAGAAAGAAUCCAACGGCGGAGAUGAAGAAAGGGACGAGACUCACGGUGAUGCGGUUGCCGGCGUCUCGUGGGAAUUCGCUGAAGGAGAAGAGUGGUUUCUGGUGGAGGUGUGACGUCAUCUCUUCGUCAUGCGAAGGUUGAAGAAUUGAUGAACAGGGAGAUAUCUUAAAUUAAUAUGCAUUUGUGUGAAUAAACAAAACUUAUGAUUGUGAAUAAAA